AAAAUCAGCUGUUGAUGCGGAGGCGUUUACCGAUUGCGAAUUCCAAGUGCAAACAAUUGGAAAUUUGUUGAUUGUUUGCAGGAGUUUUUCCACGCCCAGUGCCCCGCAAGACAUUCCCAGCCAUGCUCUCUCUGGCCAACAUCAAGCACACUCUGCAGAAGGAGCUGUUCCAGGCCACCGGCGAACGUCUCCUUUCCGUUGUGACGGUGGUCAAGAAGAAGGACAAGAAGCCCUGCUACCUGUGCGUGGUCACCACUUCGCCCCCAGUACCUGUGGUCACGCUGUGCCUCAUCAAGCAGUCGGAGCAGCGUGAGAGCGAGUACAAGCGAAAGCGGAGUUGGCAGCUGGACGAGAUCAAGUGGGUGGACGGGCGGAACGAGCAGUUUGAGACGCACGAGUUCGAUCUUCAGCUGGAGAAGCUUUACAAGUGGUAUGCCCUCAAUCCCCCCGAGCGACAGAACUUCCUGGCGGUGCUGAAUCGGCAGAUACAGAAGAGUGUGCGUGGCCAACGAGCCGAAUUCCGGAACGUGCCCGCCGCCUGGCUCUCUGAGAAGUCGCCGGAGAAGGUGGUCCUGGGCAGAGUGGCCCAAAAGACGCAACACACCGACGAUGAGGAGGACGAGGAAGAGGCCCAGGAGUUCACCGCCCUGACAGACAAGGAGGCCAAUGAGCUGGGCAAACUCUUCUCUGAGUGCGACUUUGCCAUCAAGGAUGCCGAACAGUUCAUAGAACAGCUUUCCCGGGAGCUUCAUGAUCUAGAUGGGGCAAAUAUGCAAAGUGUGCUGGCCUCGGAGCAGAAAGUUCUGAAAAUGAUGGAGCACAUAGACAAUGCGAUCAAUGAGGCGGACAAGUUUGAGAACCGCCUAGACAGCUACGAGGAUAUAUUAGGCCAUGUAAAGGAGACUAUGGAGAAGAUUGGCGGCAAGAAUGCAAUGAUUGAGAUCGCCAACAAUAACAAUAUCAAGCUGAUGAAGGAGCUCAACAAAGUCAUAAACCAACUGGACUUGCCGCACAACCAACAGCAGGCUCUCGAUGAACCCGAUCUUAAGACCGCCAAUGGACGCAAAGCGGCCAUAGCAGCUGCCCAAUGCCUGCAACAGGCCAUGAACAGCGAUAUCGAUCCCGCCCUGCUGCGCUUGGAGGCGGUUCAGGAUCAGCGCAAGCGUUUCGAGAAGUGGAAACAAAAGUUCUCGGCCACGGUUAGUCGGUUUAUGAACAAUCUGUUCAUCCACUUGGGCAACGAAAUCGGCGACAUGCCGGUGACCAGCACAGAGCUGACAUUGCCUAAUCAUUCCAACGUCCAUCGGGAACUGACGCCCUAUACGGAACUGAUGCACUGGACAAAGGCCAUGGAUCGAAAGACUUAUGAUGGCUUGAUGCGGGUCUACACAGCCUCGCUGAGCAAGAUUUAUGACAGGGAUGUAAAAAACUUCUUUAACUUGGCUAAAAUACAAGUGGCAGAAAAAUUCCGCAGUUCUCGAGAGGAUCUCGACAUGUCCACGUCCUCUAGGAAGUCGGCAGUGUCCACGAUUCCUUAUGGCACUUUGGGAAUCAACCGAGAUCAGUGGGGACCUGGAGUAGAGAGUGCGGAUCGAAUUCGCUUCGAUGCUCUGCUGGAAAAGGUUCUGGCUGAGUUGGAACCCAUUGCAUUGCAGGAGCAGCUUUUCUGCAUAAACUUCUUUCAAAUGGAUGUGAUUAGUCCAACGACAAAGAACACUCAAACCACAUUGGAGAUGGAGAAGGCUGUGGACAUGUCGCAGUCCAUAACAGCGGCAGCUGUUUCCCCAUCAUCUGACGGCGUGCCGCAGAAACGGAUUGAUCGCCAGAUCAACGAGGAUGUGCGAAAGCUGAUGAUGGGUCUCUUUGGUUGCCUGGAACCAGAGUUGGUGAGCUUCAUUCAAAGCUUUGAGCGAGUCGACAGCUUCUACUCUCUGUACGUUUUGGUGCGUCUCACCCAGCACGUUAUGUCCGCCCAGGACACACAUUCCUUUCUCAGCAUGACCUUCGCAUCGGCUCUCGUGCAGGUGAAGCGCAGUUUUGACCGAUUCAUGCAGAACCAACUGCAGUCCAUCAGGGAGGCCAAGUUGCACAAACGGUCCAAAGCGAUUCUGCCGUACGUGGAGAACUUCGAGAACUUUGCCCAAACCGCAGAGGGUAUUUUCCGCAAGUCAGAUCGUCGAACUGACAUGGAGAAGUGGUACUUGCAGCUGGUCAAUGCCAUCUUUGAUGGCAUAAAUCAGCACUCGCAGGACCAUCCCAAGACACCUUCGCAGGUGGUGCGAAUGGAGAAUUACCACCACAUGUACGCCCUGCUGGCCCAACUGAAAGUUCCUGGACUGGAUGCGCUGAAAAAAGAUGCCAAGUCGCGAUACAACGAGGCGCUAAAAGCGUAUGUGACUCAGUACUUUGGCCGGCCGCUGGAGAAACUGAAUCAAUUCUUUGAGGGCGUGCAACUAAAGGUGGCGCAGGGAGUCAAGGAAACGGAGAUUAGCUACCAGAUGGCCUUCUCGAAGCAGGAGCUCCGCAAGGUGAUCGCCCAGUAUCCGGCCCGCGAGGUGAAGAAGGGUCUGGAGAACCUCUACAAAAAGGUGGAGAAGCACCUGAGCGAGGAGGAGAAUCUGCUGCAGGUGGUGUGGCACGCCAUGCAGGAGGAGUUCAUUGCCCAGUACAACUAUCUGGAGGAGCGCAUCCAGAAGUGCUACGCAGGAGCCAUGAUCAACCUGGAGUUCAACAUCCAGGACAUACUAGCCUUCUUCUCGGAUAUUGCGCGCUCACACUGAUCAAAGGAUUGGUAUCUGGAAAUCAGGGAGCGUGUAUACCGGGUUUUAUUUUUAAGUGCAAUAGUAUUUAAAGCGCUGAUUGAGAAAUAUACGGCGCAAAAAUUUAAACAGAUGUGGAUUUGUUCAAGUUCAAAGUGAAGAAAGUCUGCAUGAAGAUUUCGCGCUUAAGGGAACUUAAAUUUUAUAUUAAUUCUUAAAAUGUGUUUGAGUAAUAUAUUUAAAGAAGAGUUGGAAUGUUUUUACAUUAUACCCACAAAGACCUUGA